AUGUACGUGAACAAUUCUUUAUACGGUACACUGUAUGAACCAAAAGUGUGUCAAUUUCUCUGGCACACAUUCGAUCAACAACAAAACGAACGAAAGCAAAAGUUAAGAAGUCGCAGCAAAGAUCUAAAUUUUUUUAGUUAUGAAACCAGUGAUGGCUCACAAAGGGAAGAAAAAGCCGAAUUAAAAAAUGCCGGCAGCAAAAAUGAAGCUAUUUCUGUGCAAGGAUCAUACACAUAUGUCGGUACGGAUGGUAUAACCUAUAAAGUGACUUACAUCGCCGAUGAAAAUGGUUACAGAGCUACCGGAGAACACUUACCAAAAAACCCAUAA